GUAGCGAGGAAUAUUCCACGGAACUCAUUUGCCCGCAGCGUCCCGUUUCUGCCAUCGAAUCGAAGAAACCCUAACUCCAUCGAUCCCCCGGCCCCGGAUAGUCCGCCGCCUUGCGGAAUCGAAUCGGAGGAGAAGGAAGGCGCAGCCGCUUCACCCAUCCAUGGAUCUGGAGAUCGUGGGCCGGCACGCGUUGCUGUUCGACGACGACCCGACGGCGGAGGUCGUCAACUCCGGCGGAUCCCUCGUCCCAUGGGCCGCCGUCGGCGCGGACGACCUCCUCCUAGACCGCCACGACGUUCGCCACCUGCUCGACCGUGUCCCUCCUCGCCCCCGCCGCUCCUACUCCGCGGCCCUCCUCUCCGCCCCCUCCCCGGACGGCGUUUCCGAGGCGGAACUCGACCGCGAGCGCUUCCUCGACCUCCCCGCCAACGAUUUCGGCGGGGAAGGCUCUCAAGAUGCGGUCUCUUCAGGAAAUGGAACAGAUACAGGGCAGGCUGAUUAUAAUGCUGUCCCUUUCUUAUAUUGGAGUACUGUUGGUUCAGAUGAUCCAAAUAAUUUAAGCUCAUAUUAUCGCCCAUCUUUUCCUGUGCCUGACAAAGUGUUGAAUAAGCUGCCUCCUUCUGAGAAGGUUCAUCAAAUAAUUGCAAGAACUGCUUUAUUUGUCAGUGAGCAUGGGGGGCAGUCAGAGAUUGUGUUAAGGGUGAAACAGGGAAGUAAUCCAACAUUUGGUUUCUUGAUGCCUGACCAUCAUCUCCACAGCUACUUUCGGUACCUUGUCGAUCAUCCUCAGGUGUUGAAAGAUGGUGUAGAUGCUGAUUCCAACAAAGGCUGCAAAACUGCCAAUAGUGAGAGUGAGCUUGCUGUGUCCUCAGGUGGGGCCUUAUCAUUGCUUGGGGCUGUCUAUGAGUCUGGAGAUGAGGAUGAAGGCAUGCUUCCACCUAGUCAAAAAGUCACGGCUCCUGGAAAAGACAUGGUUGCACAUGAGCAAGGCCAUGAAAACUCUGCAUCUGGUAUAUGUCGCAAUGAAGAAGCAGAGGAUAUUCAGAAAGCAAUGGCAGCAGCUGCUGUUGCAGUUAAAGAUAAAUCUAUUUUGACCAAGAAGAACCCAAUGAUUACUGACAGCAGCAUUGUUGCUGCUCGUCAAGAGAAGGUCAAAGAUGCGAUGAUGGCAUCAAGUAAGUCAGAUGUUUCUGACAAAACAGAUGUUGUUCUGGAACCACCAUCCUUCUUGAAGCGUACAAUGGAGAAAAUAGUUGAAUUUAUUCUCAGAAAUGGGAAAGAAUUUGAAGGAAAACUCAUUGAACAAGACAGAACAACAGGAAGGUUUCCGUUUCUUCUGCCAUCCAAUCCAUAUCACUCAUAUUAUCUGAAGCUUCUCGAGGAAACUCAAGAGUCCAAGUCUUCUGGUAAUUCUUCAGAGCUCAAAGACAGAAGAGGCUCUUCAGAGCGCAAAGAGCAUAGAGACAGAAGAAGCUCUUCAGAGCACAAGGAAAGAAGAAGCUCUUCGGAGCGCAAAGUCAGUAGUCAUGGUAGGGAAGAAACUAAAAGCAAGAUGCGGUUAAGUACUAGCAAGGAUGCCAGUUCUUCUGAUAGAAGCUCUGCUGAACCAUCGGAGAAGCAGCUUUAUGACAAACAGAAACAAGGGAAGGGAAAGUUCCAUAUGAUCAUUAGUGGGGCUAAGAAGGAACCUCCUCGGAAUGUCACUGCAGAUGAAGCUGCUGCUAUUGUUAUGGCAGCUACUCGUGGACUUGUUCCUGCCAAUACUAGAACAAACACACCCAAGGACAUGGGUGGCAUUGGUCAGACCCGUGGAGAUAAUGGCCAGACUUCAAGCUUUGGAAGUUUCUCCUCUUUUCAGGACCCAGAUGUACUGUAUAAACCUGUUUCAAAUAGCGAGGCAGGUACUUCACUCACAAGUAGUGGUCAGCUAAAAACUGAAGGCAUUGGAAUUAUUGAUGACGAUUGGAUUGCAAACACUAUCGCAAAAGCUGCUGCUGUUGCAGCCUCUAAAGAGGCUGACUCCUCUGAAGCUUCAAUGACAAAAGAGCAGAAGUUAAAGGCCGAGAGGCUUAGACGUGCAAAGAUGUUUGCCUCUAUUAUUAAGAGUGGUGGUAGCAAGAUGGCUGAUCUGUCAACAUCAGUUGAUGCCACUAAUGAAACUGAAAAGACCUCUACUGGUGAUUUGAACUUAUCUGGGUCUGAUCCACAAACUUCAGCUAAGGAACGCGAAGGUAGCUCUGUGCCAUUUGAGCGUGAAGGUUCUACUAUGGCCAAGCAGGAGAAAUAUUCUGAUGAUGAACAGAGCGGGGCAAGGAAGUAUAGGAAAAAACAUACCCUAGAAACCGAUGAAGAGAGUUAUGAUUCAGAGGAAAGCUAUAAAUACUCCAGGAAGAGGCAUCAUUCAGAGCAUUCUAGAGCCCAUACCAGUGACGCUUACAAACAUAAGCACAAGAAGCACUCCAAGAAGGAUCUGGAACCCAGGAAUCAUAGGCACCACCACAGCUCUUCGGAAGAUGAGCAUGAGCACAGGAGUUCCAAGUCGAGGCAUCGGCACAGGAAUGACUAUCACGGGGAUGAUGAUCAUAGGAGUUCACAUAGACACCAGAGGGAUCAUCGUUCCAGUUCAAAAAGGAAAAAGGACGAUGACCGAGAUAAGAACAAUCAAACUCGCCUAGAACUCUCCCAGAACACAUCAGGUCAUAAUUUUGAGUCAGAGAAGGCCCUUGGUGAUGCAGCUCAAUCUUCCCAGGUAACAACUGAAGUCCCAAGUGAGUUGAGAGCAAAAAUCAGAGCAAUGCUGCUAGAAACACUGUAAUACCCUGUGGGAUCAUAUGUGCUGUACAAUGUGAUUGAUCAGCAGCGUACUUCUAAUCAAGGUUUUGCCUACUUGCCCAGUCAAUUGAAGUGGCGUUUCUAUUUUAUUUUGCUUCAUAAACUAUGAAGGUUGCCAGAACCCAAAAGGAAACCUGUU